UUCCUGGUGCUGGAUGACAAUUUUUAUUACCAGAGCAUGAGAUACGAGGUGUACCAGCUGGCUCGCAAAUAUUCCUUGAGCUUCUGCCAGUUAUUUUUAGAGUGUCCACUUGAAUGCUGCUUGCAGAGAAAUCGUCUAAGAAGUCAUCCAUUACCUGACCAGACAAUAUGUUUAAUGGCAAGAAAAAUAGAAAUGCCAGAUCUCGAGAAAAACUCUUGGGAACAGAACAGCCUCAUCCUGAACAGUCUUGAUUGCACUUUGGAGGAUAAGUAUGUUACUGGAUUGAUGCUAGGGUUUUCACUAAGUCCUUUUGAGCAGAUAAUUAGCUUGCUGGCCACCGCUUUGGAAAAUCCAGUGAAGCAAAACGAGGAAAACACUGAGCAAAAGGAAGCAGAUCGAGCAAUCUGUGCAGCCAGUAGCGUCCAUCAGGCUGAUCAGGCGUGCAGGCGCGUCAUCUCUCAGACAAUGAAGGAUGCCAAAGAUAAAAACAUACUGCCAAGCGAGAUGAAGAGCCUGGCAGAAGAACUCAACAAACUCAAAGCAGAAUUCUUGGAAGACUUGCGGCAAGGAGAUGGUUUGAAAAAUCAGUCUUCUGGCCCUGCUACACGUGCAAUUUCUUCAUUUCAACGUGAGGCAACCAAUGUAGUUAAUAAAUACAUUUUUAAAUAA